AUGAAACUGGAUUGCGUAAGAAAAAUUUUUUGCCAUAGUUUCAAGAAAUUAGGAAAAACGGUUGGACGGCAUCCAUAUUACUUUAUUUUUUUACCGGUAAUUCUUUCAAUUACACUGUCCAUAUUUAUCAGAACAUUAACUACCAGCAAGACAUUUAACGAUGUAAUAACUUCUGAUACAGGAAAACUUUUUACAGUGAAAAAAUUCAUAGAAAAUACAUUCUCAUAUAACUCAUCUCAAUUUUCUGAUCAGCUAAGAACUCCUGAUAUUCCAAAUACUCUGGCAAUAUACCUGUUGAAAAAAGACGAAGGAAACAUGUUUGAGAAAAAUAUACUUUCAGAAGUGAAAUUGGUCGACGAAAUCAUACAAAAUAUAACAUUAGAAACAAACGGAAAGACAAUACAAUAUACUGAUCUCUGCACACGUAUACACAAAAAAUGCUUUAAAAAUCCUAUUAUCGAAGUAAUAUCGGAAGUGGGAAUAGAUUCCAUACUACAAAAGAGAAAGAAGCUUAAAUACCCUGUAGAUAUAGAUCUCUUGUCGUUCACUUAUAAAGCUUACUUUUUAAAUUUAGGAGGUGUUACUGAAGAUAAUCAGAACUUUGUGGACAAAGUAAAUGCCGUUAUGUUAUUAUAUGCAACUGAUAGUAAAAAUAAAAUGAAAAACAAAUUAUUUACAAAAUGGUCAGCUCAUGUUCAUGACACGAUUCAAAAAUAUAAUUUUUCGUAUAUCAAAGCUGUUUCAAGUUCUGUUGCAGAGAUGAAUAGACAGUUUCGAAAAGAAUUUGAUAAAACUAAACCAAAAAUUGGAGGUUUGGUCGCAAUUAUGAUUGUACUUUCGAUAUUUCUCAAUAUGAGCAAUAGCUGGGUGAAAAGCAAACCUCUUCUUGGAUUAGCAAGUGUAAUCAACGCUGGCUUAGCUGUUUCGUCGUCUUUCGGAUUAAUGGCUGCGUCAGGUGUUGAAUUCACUUACUGGAAUGCUACGAUUCCAUUCUUAGUUCUUGUUACCGAGAUAGAUGAUGCUUUCGUAUUAAUAGCAUGUUGGAGAAUCACUAAUCCCAAACAUGCAGUUGAAAAACGCAUGGAAGUAACAUAUGGAGAAGCAGGAGUUUCCAUUACUUUGACUUCACUCACUAAUUUCAUUUCAUACUGCAUCGGGAUGAUGGCUCCAUUUCCUUUUAUUCGAAUAUUUAGUUAUUAUACUGCUACUUGUGUCGUUUUAAAUUUUGUAUAUCAGAUAACGUUUUUCGGAGGAUGCUUGGCUUUGAGUGGGUGUAGAGAAGAGCGAAAUCUUCGUUCCAAAAAAUUUGUUAGAUGUGAAACGUACAGUAUUACUCAAAAGUACUUUAGACGUUAUACAUAUCCGUUUCACAUAAUUGUCAAUGAAACUUUGGAUUACUCAGAUAUAAAUGUACAAAAAUCGAUAGAAAGUCUGUUGACAAAAUUCGAGAAACAUCCAAAUAUCGCUGGGGAAGAAUACACAGUAUCGUGGUUAAAAUUCUACAAAGAAUUUCAGAAAACUCCGGUAGCAAAAUUUUCAUUACAAGGUUACAAUAUGUCAAACAAACAGGACUUUAUCGAUGGACUUCGCGAUGUGUUCUUUAAUAUCCGAGCUGCGCAGUCACUGUCUAAUGACGUCGUCUUUAACAGCAACAAAACUGACAUCUUACACAGUAGAUUUUUUAUAAUGGGAAAAAAUUUGAAUUCUUCAUACUCGGAAAGAGAUACAUUAAGAGAUUUAUUAAAAAUUGCUGACGAAUCCGACAUUCCUGUACUGGUGCAUUGUAUUAUGUCAGGUCAAAUCGAGCAAGGAAUUAUCAUUGGACAAAUGAUUUACCAAUUGUUUUGGAUUACAGCUAUACUAAUUACAGCAGUCUUUCUAUUGUUUGUACCGAAUUUUUUAGUGGCGAUUAUUGUUGCAAUAUGUGUCGUAUCCGCAAUGAUAGAAACGUUAGGUUAUAUGUCGUUUUGGGGAGUCAACUUGGAUAUUAUAUCAAUGAUGAGCCUUAUUCUGUGUGUGGGAUUCAGCGUGAACUAUCCUGCUCAUAUUUCAUAUGCUUAUGUCAUGUCACAAUGCAAAACACCAAACGAAAAACUAAAAGAUUCUCUGUAUCGUAUCGGUUUUCCAAUACUACAAGGGUCUUUGACCACGGGAAUAGGAAUAUUGAUUUUAUAUUCUGAUGUAUAUUUUCUUUCCAUAUUCGCGAAAAUCGUAAUACUUGUUGCUAUGGAAACUUUUUUCCAUGCCCUAUGCUUUAUUCCUGUUGUCCUUUCUAUCAUUUAUGCCAUUUGCAAUAAUAUAUAA